GCUGCACUUGCAACUUUUCAUUGUUUGAAACGCAAUUAAUAUUUAAUUCGAGUAAUGAAUUUUAGCCAACGCCAACCAGAAUGGCACACAAUACCAGCAGUGGCACUAAAUCACAUCUUCGACUACCUGGAUCCCCCCGAUCGAAAAUCGGCAGCGAGUGUUUGUUAUUCCUGGAGACUUUCAUUUUUUCAAAAACGCUACUUUAGAAACUUUCGCUUUCAAUUGGAUGUAGGCCAUGAUGAUCAAUUGGCCUUCUUCUAUCGCUCCAUGGCCCAUUUGGCCAGGGAACUGAUUAUCGUCUUCGACUUUCGAAAUGCAUUUCACAUCCAGAAAAUGCGACGACUUCUGCACAAAGUGGCACGCUGUGAUAACAUCCAGAAAUUGCGUUUCCAAACCCACAAUGUGGGCCUCGUUGCCAUCGGCAGUAUGCACAGCGAGCACUCGGUGGCCAUUGAACAAUGCUUCGUGGAGCCGCUGAAGCUGUUCCUCAACCGCAAACGUCAGUCCUGCCAGCUGCUGGACCUUGGGGCUAUUGAGGCCCUUUCAUACUAUGGCCACGACUUCCUAAAGGCCAUUGUCAAGCCCCAGGAGUUGCUGCAAUUGACGCUGGCCAGCAUCAAGUAUGAUCCUAGUCACUAUCCCAUCCUCACGCUGGACGCAACGCUGCUUCAGAAGUGCGCAGCCCUGCAAGUGCUAUCCCUCGACUACGAUUCCCUAUCCGACGAACUGUUGCACACCAUUCAGGUGCUGCCGCUGCGCAAGCUGCUCAUCGCGGUGCACGGUCUGGACAGCGAGGAGCAUCCUGAUGUGUCGGAGACAGCCUGGUCCAAUUUUUCGGACCAUUUUUCAAGCAUUGAGCUGGUGCUGACCCUGGUGUAUGCCUACGAAGCCAUCGAGCUGCUGCAGCAUCGCGUCCUGCGUAGAAACAUGCCCGUGACCCAUGUGCGACUGCUCUUCUGCGAGCAGAUGAACGCCGAGGCCCUAGACUGGAUGUCGGUGCAUCACAGCGAAACGCUGCGCAGCAUCCACUACGUGGACUCGGCGUACAAGCAUUCCAACUGCAUGGACUACGCUCGCCACGGCUUCCUGCGCCAGGACCCAUUCGUAAUGAUGGCCUGGCGCUGCAAGCACUUGGAGGAGAUCGUGGUGCACGGGUACUUGAUGGAUCCGCACAACCUCGUGGGCAUAGCCCGGCUUCGAGGUCGGCAACUGAAGCGUUUGGAGGUCUCCAUGAUCGACUGGUCCAGCGCUGCCCCGCUAAAUUCCUUCAAUGAGGAAAUAAGCGCAUUGCUGGGACAACAGUGGUCGCCAAUCAGCCCGGACAAGAUGCCGCCAUCGCUGGCCUUUGACUACGAGGUACGUGAUCAGUUCGUGUACGAAAUGUUGCGCCAGGAUCUCAGCCAGUAAGUGGUCGAAGUAGGGACUCACUCAAAAAUAACCAAAAAUUGAAGCAAAGUCAUCAAGUGAACGAAAGAAAAGCAAACAUGACACGUGAUCAACUCGAGCGCAUAGAAAUUAAUUUAAAAAUUGCAAAACCUAAUUAUGUAGCUAAAACUAAACCCAAAAGAGAUAUGUAAGCCUAAAGAAAAUUCAACCGUUAUACUUAGUUAUCAAAAUUUGUAUAUGUAAACCAAACCUUUUGAUUGGCAAGCAUUUUAUAUACGUUAAAUUUCUUAAGUUUUUAGUCUUUGUAAUUAAAAACGCUAUUAGAACUCGUUUGUUAGACUAAAAGCGAAGAUGAACAGCAACAGGAAUGUUAGAAGCAAAGCAAAAGACUUGAGCACUUCACAAAUUUAUGUAAUUAUGUAACGGGUCGAAAUGAGUUUGUUGAAACCUGCUAGCGAAACAUCAUUUUAUAAGCAACAACAACUGUGAUUCAAACAAAAUGCAAAAGCGAGUGCAGAAGCAAAUCUAAGUGCAAGCCAGUGUGAGCAAUUGCGACACCAACUCUCAUACAAAACAAAAACGACAACAAAAAAUUGUUAAGCGAAUUGUCUAGUUAGCUAAGUUUAAAAGUAACAAAAGAAAAGUGUUGAAAAAUGUUUGUAAAACCAAAACUACGACCAAUGUCAAAUUGUUUGCUCAAAACUCAAUUGGCAAAAAUUGUUAACCUUUGUAGUAGUGUGAAUAAGUACGGAAUCCGGCGCUCAAUUGUGAUAAACCAACAAACAACAUCAAAAGCAAAUGUAACAACAACGAGAGCUCGAUCCUCGUUCGCUAAGCGCCGCCAUUUGUGUAGUUUAAAGUGAUAUAACCGGCAACAGCUAAGAAAAUUGUAAGCAAAUACAAAACACCACACAGAUAUAUAUGUAUUGUAAUAGCCAAAAGGAGCUAAGUUUGCUGUCACGUGUGGUACAUGCGUUGUGGGCAGAGAAACGGGCCAGAAAGCCAGGCAAUUGUAAGACCCAAAACCAACUUUUAAGUAUUUCGUAGCACAGGCAUUAAUUUAUACAACUAUGUACUAUAUAUAACCUAUGUUUGCACAAAACCGGCAGCGUGUUGUCACUCCCCGCGUCUCAUCCUCUCAGAGUUGUUUGCCGACCAACAAGUUCAACCGCAACAAUGACAACAUCAACAACAACAAUGGUACCUGAAGAUCAUGCUGAGCAUUUAAAGAACACCGGAACAACAACCACAAAGUACUUGCUCAAAUCUAACAAUCUAAACAAACACAAAAUCUAUUGAAACAGAAGACUGAACGAUAAGGAAAAUCGCGACGAGGGUGUUGGCUUCGUUGUCAGAGCAACUCGGAGGAUGGCACAGGGUUUUAGGACAAGCAGCCGCAAACAGAAUGCGAUCUCAAAGACAACUCUUACAACUAUCCAAUCGACCAUUUAUACUUGUAUGUAUCUAUAUGUAACCAAUGCAUGAAUAAUUUUUGUUAUGAACCGCAAUAGCGAUUAAUUUGUAAAACAAGUGAAAAUCAUGUGUAAAGCGAAGCAAUCUAAGAAUGUCAAGCAGCUAUAGAGCAACUGUAACACGGCCACAGGAAACAAAAUCAGAAACAGUGUCGGGGUCUGCAAGAGAUUCGAAAUCCGCGACCUCAAAAAUGUAAUCAGACCUGUUUUUAUGUGGCUGUGCAUUUAAUUUAAGUCUAGUACGUACCAACACAACAAACAACACCAACAACAAAUGUGAUAAAAGUGUCAUGCUGCUUCCAAGGAUAACAGCCUGUGCAAUUGCCACCCGAAAAGUGCACGAUCGAAGCAAUAAGAACAGUAGUAAGCAUUGGAAACGCAGGGCCUGAUAAAUGGGAGAUAUUCUGCAAAUGAGCUCUAUUUCAUAGUCAUUCGACACCUGAGUUUAAGAGUGCUUCGCUAAACUUUCGGUCCGUACCAUUUAAAGGCUUAAUUUUUUUUCUGAUAUAACCGACAUGUAUUUUUCACUCCUGAAAAAAACUUCAAUACAUCAAAAAUCAUCAAAAUAAAGUGUCGUUUGGCUAGGGAAUAGGGUUUAUAUUCAGCUUUUAUCAAUCAUUAAAGAACCUUAAUCAAUGGAUUCAUUCAAUUACAAUCAACGUAAAUGAAAAAAGUAUUAUGUUUUUCUGUUAUACUAGAAGUCACUUCCAACGCUGCUGCAUAUGAGUAACGUUCUUUUUGUAUACUUACUAAAAAAAAUAUAUAUAUAUUUUAUAUGCCAUUUAUUGUAUUUAAAUUCGAAGAGACCGAAACCAAUUUUGUAAACCAUUCCACAAACACAACAAACCAAUGCGAUUUAUGCUAACGUAUGUACUGAUUCAGUAGCAACACUUGCAGAAAGGGAGACAACAACCAAGUUUAAGAUAAGUGUUGAUCGAGAACAACAACAAGAAGCCAGCGUGUUAAUAUAUGUAUGUAGAGUAUAGCCCGAUGUCGAUAUUCAGGGGAACAACAAGUGUGACAUUGGCGAGGAGGGAAAGAAGAGUAAAAACGAUAAGAUACAGCCGUGCAUUAACAACAAUGUUUAUAUAUGUAUAUGCAAGUUAUGCUUAAAAGUUAAAAGAGCAAAAGUGAAGAAAGCUGUGAUAUAACAAAAUCCAACAAAAAGGCAAACAACAACCGACAACACACAAAGAUAACACCAACACAUUCAACUACAAACCGACAAGCCAAUUCGAAACGUGUGCGACCAACAAAAGAAUGUUAACAACCUUUCCAAUACUAAAAACCAGGAGAAGGACCAUCGGAAAUGGCCAAUGGUAAGAAUUAAAAGCGAAUUGUAGAAGAUCGAACCAGAUCCAGUAAUAGUUAGCUAGGCGGGAUUACGAAGGAUGAAGCGGGGAACCAAAGCUUUGAACCGAAGUGUUUAAGUAUGCGGAAUAUAUCAUUCGUAUUCCAAUCAGGAAGGAAACUGAAGAGAGAAAUCAAAUGUUAAAUUAUAUAUCGAUAAGAAACAAAACACACACAUAAAAAGUGCACAUAGCUUUAACAAUCUGAAAGCAAAUAUUUAAUUUAAAGUCAAUUUCCAUUUGAUUUGCCAUAUCUAUGAUUUGUGCAAGAUUUUAAAGCUUAAAUAUAAAACAAAACAAAACAAAGGCCAACGACAGUUUGUGUGGCAUAUGCAAUAUCAUUAAAAUGUAAGACAACCAAGAAAUAUAAACCAAUUAAAGCGUAGAAAAAAAAUGCAUUCAAUUGAAAACCCAAUAAAAACGUUUGAAACUUAAAACAAAAA